AUGGGAGAGGACUUUGUUCGUGAUUCUGGUCUUCCGUUUACCAUAAUCAGAGCUGGUAGGUUGACAGAUGGCCCCUACACAUCAUACGAUCUUAAUACUCUGCUCAAAGCUACAGCUGGUGAACGUCGUGCAGUUGUUAUACAACAAGAUAUUGAAUCAAAUCAUAGAUCCUUUGAACAUGGACUGAAGUUUACUUUGGUGAAAUAUUGUUCCCUGAAGAGAAAUCUUGAUGAAAUGCUAUCUAUUUAUGAAAGUGAUCCAAAGGUUCCGUGGAGAGUUAAGCAGUCCUCCACUUGUGUGGCUUGGGUUGGAGAAAUAUGGUUUGGAAAUGGAGAAGUGGAACAUUGUGUAAGAAAAUCCUUAAAAGUUAUAGCAGGAGGACUGGGGGUUGCAGCUAUGUUAUUUAGGCAUGUGGAAUCAGAGGAUUUUAGAAAUAUCAGAGGAUUUUAG